AUGCUGAUUACUACUGUUGUUAUUGCCGCGCUCAGCUGCUAUGCCCUGGCUGGCCCCGUACCUAUGGAAAUCAAAAUCGAGGAUAUCGACUGGAAGAACGGCGGGGAGGAGAUGUUCAUGAAAAUUCUCCGGCGAAACCGCCCCGUUGCCCCACCAUCCCCAUGCCCGGAAGGCUGGGUAUUCUCCCGGGAAUUCGCUGCUUGCUAUAAGAAAAUCGUCAACGUCAACUUCGAGGAGGCAGAGGCCGAGUGCAAGAAGGAAGGCGCCAACCUAGCCUCAAUCCACUCGGAUGCUGAGAACCAACUGCUAUACAAAAUGGUCAAGACUGAGACGCCUCGUUUCUCCGACCAAGAUCAGCUUCUCCUCGGCGCACGCAGGGUCGACGGAGAGUGGAUGUGGAUCGAUGGCACCAAGUUCGACUACAAGCCUUGGGCCCAGGGAGAGCCCAACGAUUGGCAAUACACGUCUGAGGAGGCCGAGGAGCGGUUCGAGGACUGUGUGGCGAUGUACACCUCUCCGCUCGGCAGCAACGAACCUGUCCAUCCCUACCUUGGACGGUGGAACGACAACGUCUGUGAAGGAACUUACGAGGCUGCCAUCUGCAAGAAGAAGCCCCACUAUAUCCACAAGAUCUUC